GCGAAACAUUCGGGCCAAGAAAAAUGUAUCUACAAGUGUGAGGCGCGGAUACGCGUGUGUGUGCAUGUGUAUGUGAAGAGUAGUAGCAGCAAGUGAAGAAGUCUAGAAAAUAAAUAUAAUACAAAAAAAAACUUGCUGCAAAGUGUAUACUAAAAGUUGAAAAAAAUAUAUUAAAACAAUAUACAGCCGCGAGUAGUUUAGUGCAAAGCGCCAGCUAAAGUGUUAAGAUGCAAUCUGCGGUGUCCCCGCGUUGGUGUUGGCGCUAUCUGCGUCUGAGUUGUUGCCUCGCCGUGCUCAGCGCGCUGCUGCAGCACACGCUGGCGUUGCCCGAUGUCAUCAAAAUCGGUGGCCUAUUUCAUCCGACCGACGACACACAGGAGUUGGCCUUUCGUCAAGCUGUCGAGCACAUCAACUCGGAUCGGUUAAUAUUGCCGCGCUCCAAGUUGGUGGCACAAAUUGAGCGCAUCUCGCCGUUUGAUAGCUUCCAUGCGGGCAAAAGGGUUUGCGGCUUGUUGAACAUUGGCGUGGCAGCCAUAUUCGGGCCACAAUCCUCGAACACCGCGAGCCAUGUGCAAAGCAUCUGCGACAAUAUGGAGAUUCCUCACUUGGAGAACCGUUGGGAUUACCGUUUGCGACGUGAAAGCUGCCUGGUGAACUUGUAUCCACAUCCAAACACACUGGCCAAGGCUUAUGUGGAUAUCGUGAAGCAAUGGGAAUGGAAGACUUUCACCAUUAUCUAUGAGAACAAUGACGGCAUUGUACGGCUACAGGAGUUAAUCAAGGCGCAUGAUAACUCACCGUAUCCGAUUACAGUGCGACAAUUGAGUUUAUCGGGGGAUUAUAGACCACUGCUAAAACAAAUCAAAAACUCCGCCGAAGCGCACAUCGUACUCGACUGUUCCAGCGAUAAAAUUUACGAAGUACUCAAGCAGGCACAACAAAUUGGCAUGAUGAGCGACUAUCACAGUUACUUGAUUACCUCACUGGAUCUGCAUACCAUCAACCUAGACGAAUUCCGUUAUGGUGGCACGAAUAUAACCGGCUUUCGUCUGAUUAACGAAAAAGUCGUCUCGGAUGUGGUGCGUCAGUGGAGUUUCGACGACAAGGGCUUACAACGCUCUGCCAAUUUGAGUACGGUGAGAGCGGAGACUGCGCUAAUGUACGAUGCGGUACAUCUUUUCGCGAAAGCAUUACAUGAUUUGGAUACAUCGCAACAAAUCGAUAUACAUCCCAUUAGUUGUGAUGGUCAAAAUACAUGGCAACAUGGUUUCAGUUUGAUCAACUAUAUGAAGAUCGUCGAAAUGAAGGGUCUAACCAAUGUGAUAAAAUUUGAUCAUCAAGGCUUUCGCACCGAUUUCGUGUUGGACAUUAUCGAAUUAGGGCCGAUGGGUAUACGCAAAAUUGGCACAUGGAAUUCAACACUGCCGGACGGUAUCAACUUUACGCGUACCUACAGCCAAAAACAGCGCGAAAUUGAAGCGAACUUGAAGAACAAAACGCUGACAGUCACAACAUUAUUGAGCAAUCCAUAUUGCAUGCGCAAAGAGUCAGCAGUUCCACUUACAGGCAACGAUCAGUUUGAAGGUUACGUUGUUGAUCUCAUACAUGAAAUCUCCAAGGCUCUGGGUUUCCAUUACAAAAUUCAGUUAGUGCCAGAUGGCAGCUAUGGCAGUUUCAACAAACAAACACUCGAAUGGAACGGCAUGAUACGCGAACUGUUGGAGCAACGCGCCGAUCUUGCGGUUGCUGAUCUCACCAUCACCUUUGAGCGCGAACAGGCGGUAGACUUCACCAUGCCCUUCAUGAACUUGGGCGUCUCGGUGCUUUAUCGCAAACCCGUUAAACAACCGCCUAACUUAUUUUCAUUCCUCUCACCGCUUUCGCUCGACGUUUGGAUCUACAUGGCCACAGCAUAUUUGGGUGUUUCGGUGCUUCUCUUCAUUUUAGCACGCUUCACACCUUAUGAAUGGCCCGCAUAUUCCGAUGCGCAUGGCGAGAAAAUAGAAAGUCAAUUCACACUAAUGAAUUGUAUGUGGUUCGCAAUCGGUUCACUAAUGCAGCAAGGUUGCGACUUCUUACCCAAAGCCUUAUCAACGCGAAUGGUAGCUGGCAUAUGGUGGUUUUUUACUUUGAUCAUGAUCUCAUCGUACACAGCUAACUUGGCGGCCUUUCUCACCGUUGAACGCAUGGAUUCUCCUAUUGAAAGCGCUGAGGAUCUGGCAAAGCAAACGCGUAUAAAGUAUGGCGCAUUAAAGGGUGGCAGUACGGCUGCGUUUUUCAGAGAAUCGAAAAUAUCAACUUAUCAACGCAUGUGGUCAUUCAUGGAGUCUGCACGUCCAUCUGUAUUUACCUCGACUAACGCCGAAGGAGUGGAGCGCGUUGCCAAAGGCAAAGGUUCAUAUGCCUUCCUCAUGGAAUCCACAUCCAUCGAAUAUGUGACCGAACGUAACUGUGAGCUGACACAAGUCGGCGGCAUGUUGGACACCAAGGGUUAUGGCAUAGCAGCGCCACCGAAUUCCCCUUAUCGCACCGCCAUCAAUGGCGUCAUACUCAAGCUGCAGGAGGAGGGCAAACUGCACAUACUGAAAACCAAAUGGUGGAAGGAGAAACGUGGCGGUGGCAGUUGUCGCGUUGAGACAUCGAAAUCCUCAUCGGCCGCAAACGAGUUGGGCCUGGCGAAUGUGGGCGGUGUGUUCGUCGUGCUAAUGGGCGGUAUGGGUGUGGCAUGUGUUAUUGCCGUCUGUGAAUUUGUGUGGAAAUCGCGAAAGGUCGCCGUCGAAGAGCGGUUAAGUGCGAUUUUGCACGAAUGAGACUAAAAGCAGGAUGUGUGGGUUUAGGCUAACCAUCGAAAGGGACAGCGAAAGUUAUCAUGGCGUUAGAAAAGGUUUGAGAUAGCAUAAAUCUAGCGCAGAAUGAAAGAAUUCAACAGAAUUGAUGUUUGAAGCGUGCCGAAUUUUACAUAAUUUGAGCAUUAAGUUUUCUUCGAACAUAUUAACAUUAAUUUAAUUGAGGUUAGUUUAUAAUUUAGUAAAACAUAAAUACAUAACAGAUAGACAUAUAUGUAGACAUAUAUAAUUUAAAUAUAGUUUCAAAUAUUUUAUAAGCGCAUACCUAAUGAGUAUUUAGAUUAGUGCUAGAGUUAUCGUAACACACAUACACAUACACAUACACAUAUAUGCUGUAUACAUACAAACACAGCGCUAAAUAUAUUUAACUAUAGAUAAUAUGUAUAGCGAUAAGUUAAUAUGCAUUUAACACUAACAAAAAAUAAUCAUAUUGGAAUUGUGCUGUAUCAUAAGCAAAAUGCUAAACUUGUACACUUAGCCUAUGCUAAUUUAAUUACUUCAAUUAAAAUACAGUUAUCUAUAACAUUAAUUAGCUGUAACUAGCCAAAGCGCAUCAAAACACUCUAUUAAAUACGCACAAAAUUCUCCUUAAUCCAAAAUCUGCUUAUAAUCCUCGUAUAUAGUUCGAAUAAGCAUCAUACAUCUACACUAACAAUGCUUAACAACUUCCUAAAACACUAACAAAAUCUAUGCUUACAACUGUAAUGAACCCUAUAUGUAUAAAUAUAUGCAUAGACGCAUGACUACAUACAUACAUACACAUAUAUAGUUUAUACCAAUGUACGUUUUUCCUCCAUCGAGCCAAUUUAGCGAAUUAUAAACGAAAGUCUUAGUCGUAAGCGAUUUAAUUAUAACAAUGUAACCACAUAGAAAUUAGUAAUAAAUAAUAAACGAAUUGAAAACAACUUACAUACAUACCACAUAAUCGUACAUUCAUACCGUUAUAUAUAUACAUACAUAAACAUAUUGGAACGAAAGACAAAGCUCAACGACUGCACAAAUGCAUAAGUGCAUGCAUACACCGAUAAUACGUAUGUAUGUAUUUUCUAAACACAAACUAAAGAACCCAACACAAAAAAAUAUCAUUCAGUAAAAUAAAAUCGCAUUUUGAAAAAUAUAUUACAAUUACUAUAUUGUGCCCGUUCACGAAUUUAACUGUACCAGAGUCGAAGGAAAUUCAAUUAAAUUCUCAUUUUUAACUUAGCAGGGUUUCCCAUAUAUCAAUAUACAUUCUACUUCCUCAUACAUAUAGUAUCUAUGAACGCACCGAAAGCUAUUUGUAGAAAAAUUCCAAACCCCUGCUGGAAAAACUUUCGUGCUUAAAUUUUUUAGUUAUCAAUAUGUAAUUCUACACCAAGGAGCUGCUCAUUUGGAAAAUCUAAGUUAAAUAGAAAACCAAGUUUUCGGCCUUUAUUUUUACAUCGGCCAAAAGUCCUCCGCUAUUUUUCAUACACAUACGCACUGAUUUGUCAACAUUUUCUAUGACUAUUCUGCAUAAAUGUUACUGAAUUUCAUUGCUCGAAAGUUGGAUCUGCUCCUUUAAAACACGCAUUAUUGUCGGCUAGUUGCAAUAGACCUCUGAUUUUAAAUAAACCCAUAAAAAGAAAUCGAAUAAGUUAAAUCACACGUUCUAGGGGGCCUUUGACCCCAUAUUCCAACAAUUCUGAUAACCUAAACGAAAUAAACAUGACCAGAAAUUAUCUCAGCUGUAAUUAAAGUGCUUGUAUUACAUGUGACAUCAUCUCGUUGAAAUCACAUAUUGGCCACAUCAAUUUCGAUAUCGAGCACCAGUAACGGUUACUGCUUAAUUUCAAAAAAAGUAUGGUCCAAUUAAGCCUUAACGACAAGCAGUGGCACGUUAUGUAUGCAAUGUUUUUCAACAAUGACAUGUAGAUUCUCAUAACGGCAAUUUAACAACUAUAAAACCCAUAAAGGUAAAACUCCAUCGCUUAGGAUGGUCGAAAAAACUCAAUCAUGAAGACAUAUUGUUCUAUCGUGUAAUGCUCCAUUUUUACUAACCCUAAA